UCUUCUCAAACGGCGCACCAGCAUGGAGUUAGGAGUACUGCUGAGCUGGAGUUCUGUUGGGCCCACUCUGUUGUUUGGUCUGGUGUUCCUGAUCUUCUAUGAGCUACACAGAUAUUUCUCUUUACUGAACAAAUUUCCUCCUGGACCCAAACCAUGGCUGCUUCUGGGGAAUCUGCCUGAGACUUUGAAGGACCCCUUAAAAGUAUUUAUGGAUUUGGGGAUUUAUGGAGAGAUAAGCACCUUAUACAUGGGCAGGAGCCCAGCUAUAGUGUUGAACAAGCUGCAGAUAGCCAAGGAGGCUUUGGUCCAUAACGCAGCAGCAUUCUCAGGAAGACCAUCUCUACCAGUUCUGGACUGGAUCACCAAUGGGAAUGGGAUUGUGGGGGCUACUUAUGGGCAUUCCUGGAAGCAACAGAGGAAGUUUGCAUCAGUCACUCUGAAGAACUUUGGUCUGGGGAAGAAAUCUCUGGAGGAGCGAAUCGUUGAAGAAGCUCACUUUCUCAUAGAGCAUCUAAACAAAGAAGGAGGGAACGAGAAUCCAGUUGACCCACAACAAGUCUUUCAGAACGCCAUCUCCAACAUUAUCUGCUCCAUUGUCUUCGGGGAUCGCUUUGAGUACACAGACAAGCACUUCAACGACCUCCUGGAUGUCAUCAAAUCAAACUUGUACCUGACAGGAUCUGCUGUUGGCCUGAUCUUCAACCAGAUCCCAUUCAUCAAACAUUUUCCAGGCCCCCAGCAGAUGAUCAAAAAACAGGCUGAUGAGCUGACGGGUUUCAUUAGGGACAAAGUCAUGGAACACCGCAAGACCUUGGACCGAAAUGAUCUCAGAGACUUCAUAGAUGCAUACAUAGUGGAGCAGGAGAGACAGGAGAUGAGUCCAGACUCAACAUUCUUUGAGGAAAACAUGGUGCUAACCGUGGCUGAUCUGUUCUUGGCUGGGACGGACACUACCUCCACGACCCUCAGAUGGGCAUUGAUCUACAUGAUGGAGCACCCCGAAAUUCAAGAGCGAUGCCAUGAGGAGAUUAUCAGCGUGCUAGGUUUCAACCGCAGUCCCUCCAUGGACAACAGAGAAGACCUUCCCUAUGUUUAUGCUACCAUCCACGAGGUCCAGAGAAUGGCCAACAUUGCUCCUAUGGGGCUGCCCCACCAGACCACCCAGGCCACCCAGCUGAGAGGUUACCACAUACCUAAAGGAACGGACAUCCUUCUUAACCUGACUUCGAUCUUGACGGACAAAGACCAGUGGAAAUACCCGGACACGUUUAACCCUGAGAACUUUCUGGAUGAGAAGGGCCAGUUCUACAAACAUGAGGCCUUCAUUGUCUUCUCGCUAGGCCUCCGGGUAUGUCUUGGGGAGCAGUUGGCCAGGAUGGAGAUCUUUGUGUUCUUCACCUCGCUCCUCCAGCGCCUGCGCUUCUCCUGGCCCCCUAACACCCCGCCUCCAGAUUUAGAAGGAACCAUCGGAGUGGUCCGAUGUCCCAACCCAUAUACCAUGCUGUGCCACAGCCGAGCCAUCACACACUGAAGGAAUGUGUCAACACGGUGUUGUGAUCGGGGUUAAUGAUAUGUCGGUGUGCUUCUUGAGAUUUCUUUGUUAAUGUUGUUUUGUACGUGUACCAGGACUAAUGUACAAUAAAUAUAAUUCCUCACAGUUUGUCAUGAUACUCUAUCUGUAGCUAUUGUUUUAUUUUGCCACGCUGUCCUCCACGUUGCACUCCUUACAACCAAGGUGUUUUAGAAUGACAUGGCAUUUUUGAUGUUUUGAUUAAAGUGGGUGUGAUGACCUUUCAGCCAGUGGUAUUCUAUGGGAAAGAUGACUGGGUUAAAUGUGUUUAGUGCCACUGAGGUGCACUGUGUAUUAUAGUGCAAUACUAAAUAAAAGAUUACCACCUUGGAACCUGACACCAUGACAAAAGAUUUUAAUCCCUGAAGU